AUGCAUCUGUCAAUGUCUGCAAAUGAUAGCCUUUCACUGACAGUUAAGUUUUCGGUACUCUAUCUAUCUAUCUAUCUAUCUAUCUAUCUAUCUAUCUAUCUAUCUAUCUUUGUUCAUAUCGAUCUAUGUCUAUUUGUUCAUAUCUAUCUAUCUAUCUAUGCCUAUUUGUUCAUAUCUAUCUAUCUAUCUAUCUAUCUAUCUAUCUAUCUAUCUAUCUAUCUAUCUAUCUUUGUUCAUAUCUAUCUAUGCCUAUUUGUUUAUAUCUAUCUAUCUAUCUAUCUAUCUAUCUAUCUAUCUAUCUAUCUAUGUAACAUAUUCUGGUCAUUAUCUAUCUAUCUAUCUAUCUAUCUAUCUAUCUAUCUAUCUAUCUAUCUGUCUGUCUAUCUGCCUAUCUUUGUUCAUAUCUAUCUAUGUCUAUUUGUUCAUAGCUAUCUAUCUAUGCCUAUUUGUUCAUAUCUAUCUAUCUAUCUAUCUAUCUAUCUAUCUAUGUCUAUUUGUUCAUAUCUAUCGAUCUAUCGAUUUAUCGAUAUCUAUCUAUUCGUUCAUCUCUAUCGAUAUCUAUUCGUUCGUAUCAAUUUAUCUAUUUAUCUAUGUCUAUUUGUUCAUCUCUAUCUAUCGAUAUCCAUUUGUUAUCUAUAUAUCUAUGUCUAUUUGUUCAUCUCUCUCUCUCUCUCUCUCUCUCUAUCUAUCUAUCUAUCUAUCUAUCUAUCUCUCUCUCUCUAUCUCUCUAUCUAUCUAUCUAUUUAA